AUGGUUCUCAUGGAUCCCACUCUCCCUCUCGCUCGCCUUCAGAAUAUGGCACAACAGGUCGGAGCCAAAACCAUUCUCUCGUCUCGCAAGCAGCACGAGCUGUCAAAGUUGAUCUUGCCUGUCGGUACAUUUACAGUAGCAGAAGAGGAGACAUUUACAACUUUGUCAAAUCCAGAAGAACCACAGGUUCCUGAAGCAGAACUUCCUCCAGUUCCGCCGUCAACCAUCAUGUACAUCAUCUUUACCUCCGGCAGUACCGGCACGCCUAAAGGGGUCAAGAUCUCUCAUCAGACCUACACGAGCAGCGCCAUCCCCAGAGCCAAGGCAGUGGGCUACACGGAGAGCUCGAGGGUCCUCGACUUUGCGUCCUACGCUUUCGACGUCAGCAUCGACAGCAUCCUACUCACGCUAGCCAACGGCGGUUGUCUCUGCAUCCCAUCCGACGAGGACCGGCUGAACGACAUCAACGGUGCGAUGAGAGCGAUGCGUGUCAACUACGCCGGUAUCACACCCUCAGUAGCCCGGAUCCUUGAUAUCGACCUCAUUGCGUCCCUGACGAAUGGCCUCGGCCUCGGUGGGGAGACGGUGUCAGCACGGGAUGUCAACAUUUGGGGCCAGCACGCGCGCAUCAUCAUUGGUUACGGCCCCUGCGAAUGCACCAUUGGUUGUACCAUCAACAGCAGUGCUGCCACGGGGAGGGACUACAUCUCUAUUGGACCUGGUAACGGCGCGGCAAUCUGGGUGGUUGAUCCCAACGACCACGAUGUCCUCAUGCCAGUUGGGGCCGUGGGCGAGCUGCUGACGGCCGCUGCUUUUAUUGAAGAUCCCUCGUGGUUGACGGCAGGCCACGGACCGUAUACGGGCCGCCAAGGACGUCUGUACAAGACGGGCGACUUGGGGAGAUACGACCCUGAUGGCUCGGGAAGGAUUGUGUUUGUGGGUCGGAAAGAUACCCAAGUGAAGCUGCGUGGCCAGCGGGUUGAGCUGGGAGAGAUCGAGAGCCAUUUGCGAGCACGGUUACCCGCCGAGUCCACCGUGAUCGCCGAGGUUAUUGCUCCUCAGGGGUUUUUCCAAGGGCAAUCUAUUCUGGUGGCAUUUGUGGCUCCCCAAUUUGCCAACGCGCAUGGCCAAGAGGUUGAGCUGGAGAGUAUUGAACUUCCUGGAGAAUUACGCAAAGCUGUGUCGAAAGCUGACAAGGAGGUUGCCGAGGUGUUGCCGCGCUACAUGGUCCCAACCGCUUACAUUCCAGUCAACCGGAUUCCGAGCUUGAUCUCGGGGAAAACUGACCGAAGGAAGCUUCAACUUUUCGGUUCUACCGUUGACUUGCGGCAGAUGACGGCCAACCCGGGGCCGUCGCAGAGCGCGCCCCUCGGUGGCGAGGACCGGCCCCUGAACGAUAUGGAGGAACACUUGCGGCAGGCCUGGGGCGAAACACUGAAGCUCGACCCGCAGAAUAUUCGGUCUCACGACAACUUCUUUGCCCUUGGCGGCGAUUCCCUGGCGGCAAUGAGGCUCGUGUCUGCCUGCAGAUAUAGGGGGCUCGACAUCAGUGUCAUCAACACCUUCGGGAACCCAACACUCUCCGCAAUGGCUGCAAUUGUCACUGUUCUCAGGGACUCUCAGACUAGUCCCCCACCGCAAAGAUCCGCCUUCUCCUUGGUCCCGCAACCCCCCGAUAGUGCUAUUGUCGAGGCAUCUCAGAUUUGUGGGACAGAGGCAAUCAACAUUGAGGACAUCUACCCCUGCACGCCAACGCAGGAAUCGUUGUUCACCUUUUCUCUCAAGUCAACCGAGCCCUACAUUGCUCAGAGAGUUGCAACCAUCCCGUCACAUAUUACCUUGGACGAAUGGAAGCGUGCCUGGAACGAGGUUGUCGCAGCCACUCCCAUUCUACGCUCUCGUCUAGUCCAACUUGGUAACCACCCCGGCCUCGAUCAGGUCGUACUCAAGGGUAGUAUCCAAUGGCGGUCUUCCAGCAGCGAAUUGACACAGUAUCUCGAACACGACCGCAACGAGAGAAUGGAAUUUGGGCAGAGCCUCGCCCGAUACGCCAUCGUCGAACCUCGCAGCUCCCCCACCGAGCGGUACAUGGUCUGGACUCUCCACCACGCGGUCUACGAUGGCUGGUCAGAGCCGCUCCUCCUCGAAAAGGUCCGCGACGCCUUACACGACACCCCCCAACCGCCCACUCCCAACCCCCUCCCCACCAUGGGCGACUUCGUCCAGCACAUCCGCGCCAUCGACACCACGACAACCCAAUCCUUCUGGCGCACCGCCCUGCACAACGCCACGGGCCCGCAAUUUCCCCGCGUCCCCUCCCGCGACUUCAUCCCCACCCCCAACAGCACCCUCGACCGCUACAUCCCCCUCCCCACCACCCACCUCCCUUUCACUCUCGCCACCCUCAUCCGCGGCGCCUGGGCCCUCGUCGCCGCCCAACACACCCUCACGCGCGACAUCAUCUUCGGCGAGACCCUCACCGGCCGCGACAUCCCCCUCCCGGCCGUCGAGACCAUCACCGGUCCACUCAUCGCCACGGUCCCCAUGCGCGUGCGUAUCCCGCCCGACCGCGCCACCUGCACCGUGGCGGCCUACCUGCGCGGCGUGGCGGAGGGUGUGCUCGCGCGCACGCCGUUCCAGCAUGCGGGGAUGCAGCAUAUUCGGAGGGUUAGUCGCGAUGCGCAGUAUGCGUGCGAGGCGCCGAUGGGGUUGGUGAUUCAACCUGUGCCGGAGGGUGGUGGAGUGGUGGGGGAGUUGGGGUUUGGCGAGGGGGAUGUGGUCAGGGAGGCGCUGCAUUUUAAUCCGUAUCCGUUGAUGUUGGCGUGUGGGGUGGAGAAGGGGGGUAGUGGUUUUAGGGUUUGUGCGAGCUUUGAUGGGGCGGUGGUUGGGGUGAGGGAGAUGGAGAGGGUGCUGGCGCAGUUGGAGAUGGUUUGUGGUGAGCUGGCGAGGGAUGUGGACAGGGGGUUGGAUCAGGUUUCGUGCGUGCCGGCGGGAGAUUUGGAUCAGAUCUGGGAGUGGAACAGAGAUCCCCCUCUUGCGUUGGAUGGGACAGCCGGGAGGUUUGUCACCGAUGCCGGGCUGGUUGAACCCGGGUCGGUUUAUAACCCCCGAGCGGCGAUCCCUUGGGUCUGCGACCUUGAGAACCCGUCCGUGCUGGCCCCGAUCGGUUGUCCAGGCGAGCUUUGGCUUGAGGCGGCCUUCUUAACAGGGGAUUGUGUUGUUGACUCUCCUGCUUGGAUGGUCGCUGGAAGCUCGCAGCAUUCUGGCCGGACCGGCAAGGUACAGCCGACAGGCAACAUUGUCAAGCUCCAAGAGGAUGGCAGCUUGGUGUUUGUUGGCCAGAAAGACAGCAACACGCAAGCCAACGGCCAUGGCACGGCUCCGGCUGAGCUUGAGAGCCACUUGGGGAAUUAUCUGCCUCCUUCAGUUAAUGCUACGGCGGUGUUGGCAUCUCAGGGGUCGUCAAGGCAAGGUCUACUUGUCUUUAUGGAGCGACCGCAGGCGGCUGAUGGAGAGCCCACGAUCAAUGUCAUCCCGGAAGAGCAGGUCAUCAGCUCUGGCGAUUUCACAACCGUGGUAUCCGCCACGGUUCCUGCCACUCUCGUUUCAGCGCUCAAAAAGCUCGACAAAUUUGCCGAAAACUCACUCGCCUCGCAUUUGGUUCCCUCAGCCUAUCUCAUCAUGGAUGAGCUUCCAACGAACAACAACCAGGUCGACCGCGCUGUGCUUCAGCAGCUCGCCUCCGGAAUCCCUGAACGGACCCUCGACCAACUCCGCGAUAGUUUCCAGAAGGCCUGGAAGGUGGCUUCGUCCUCCGCGCCAACCACAGCAACAGCGGCUGAAGAUAUUCUACGGUCUUCCUGGGCCACGGUCCUCGGGCUCGAACUCCAUCAAAUCGAUACCGACGACAACUUCUUCCGUCUUGGUGGAGACUCGGUCCUAGCCAUGAAGUUGGUCUCGCGGCUUCGCUCCCAGGGACACGGACUUACCGUGGGAGAUAUCUUCCGCCACAUGCGCUUAGGUGAUGCAGCGAAGGUUCUCAAGGUGAACAAGAAUGGUGUGUCUGGCCGAACAGAGCCGGCAAAAACGAUGCCCCAAAACGGGCAGACGUAUCAGCCAUUCUCGACGCUGGACUCGGUUAACGUGGAUCAGUUCGUCACUGAGGUUGUCCGACCACAACUUGGGGAUGCGAACUGGACUGUCCAAGACGUGUAUCCGGUGACAGACCCCCAAGCCCUUGAUAUCAGGGCUACCCUCGAACCGCCAAGGACUUCGGUUCAGUACACUUUUCUCUAUUCUGACAAGGGCGGCUUUGACAGAGGAAAGCUAUUAAAAGCCCACCACAACCUCAUUCAAGCGCACGACAUCCUGCGGACGGUGUUUAUCGAGCAUGGAUCGACUUUCCUCCAGGUUGUCUUAAAGGACCUGGAAAUUGCAGUUGCCGUCGAGGAAGCCAACCAAGAAGACUUGGAGGAGUUCGUCCACGGCGUCUGCACAUCCUACAUCGCAUCCGACAACUUCCGGCUAGGUUCGCCAUUCCUCCACAUCUUCCUCGCCCACGGCAAAGACGGACAGGAGUGUCUCGCCAUCGGGCUCUCCCACGCCCAAUACGACGGCGUCUCCCUGCCCCUCCUCCUCCGCGACCUCGAUGCCCUCUACACCGGCAACCCACUAACCGCCUCCUCCCCCUUCUCCACCUACAUCACGCAAACCCGGUCCUCUCCCGCCCAAACCCAAGCCCUCACCUACUGGAACACCCUCCUCUCCAACUCCACACCCUCCAUCCUCCCCGGCCAAACCCACCCACCUCCAUCCCCCACCACCAAAGCCAUUUUCCACACCACCGCCCUCCCCACCAUCCACCCCCAACCCACCACCACCACCGCCACCCUCCUCACCGCGGCCUGGGCGCUGGUACUCGCGCGCCGCCUGCGCACCACCGACGUCACCUUCGGCAGCAUCACGUCCGGCCGCGCGUCCGAGCUGACCCCCGGCGCCGAGCAUGCCAUGGGGCCCUGCUACCAGUUCACGCCGGUGCACGUGCCCUUCCAGUGGGGGUGGACUGCGGGGGAGCUAUUGGGGUUCGUGCAGCGGCAGGGGGCGGAGGGGUUGGCGUGGGAUUUUGUGGGGGUGGGGCCUAUUGCGGGGAGGGUUGGUUGGGAGGGGAAGACUGAGGGAGGGGAGAGGGGGGGUGUUCUUUGA